CCGGAGACAGUACCAUUUCCUCUCUCUUUCUUGAUCUCUUUAGUUCAUUUUCCCAAAUUGGUGAUUUCAUCUGGGUUUUCCUACAGAGACCCAGAAAGGCAGGGGACAAAAUAUCAGAGUCUGGUCCAAAAAAUGUACGAGGAGACUGGCUGCUUUGAUACCAACCCCAUGUCGGAGGAUGCAGUUGCUGUUGCUGUAGCGGUAGCAGAGGAUGGGUUUUCCCAAACGGUCCCAAACUGUACCCACAACAGUUUCGAAGACAAUCUGAGACUUUCCAUGGAGGAGCUCUCCUACCAGCACCACAACCACAACCAGACUUCUAUUCAUGAUCAGGAUGCUGCUGCUGCUGCUGCAGCCACUGCCAUGGAGAUUGAACUCCAGCAGCAUCUGGCAUUCAACAUGGACAGCUCCUACAACGGCCACAACCACAGCAAUACCCAUCUCGUGGAUAGCUCUUACGGUGUCCAUGAGAUGCAAGAGAUGGAUCCUUUCAACCAUCAUCACCACCAUCAAGAUCAGCAACAGUUGCAGCAAAUUGACAUUCAAAAUGGCCUCCAAAGCUACGAUUAUUCUUCACUACCAAACAGCCCUUACCCCCCAACACCGGACCUCCUCAAUCUCUUCCACUUGCCCAGAUGCUCAGCCUCCUCUUUACCCCACAAUUCAUCAAUCUCCUUCUCGAACCCGGGACAGAAGACUUCCGCUAGUUAUCAGAGCUCCCAUCUGGGAGACAUUCCAACUGGGGCGGACAGCGCCUCUGGCGCCUCCGUUUUAUACGACCCACUAUUCCAUCUAAACCUGCCUCCGCAGCCUCCUUUGUUCAGGCAAUUGUUCGGCCAGUCUCUACCCAAUGGCUACAGCUUGCCAGGCUCAAGGAAUGGUUCCUUGUUUGGCACGGGAGGGGAUGAAAGAGAGGGAAAUGGGGGUGUGUACCAAGAUGGGGAUGUGAGGCAGUUUGAGAAUGGAGUGCUGGAGUUCAGCAGGGACAUGGGCUGCAUUAGAAAAGGCAGGGAUGGCGAAACCAAACACUUAACCACUGAGCGCGAAAGGAGACAAAGCUGGAAUGACAAAUACAAUGCCUUGAGAAGCCUUGUCCCUAACCCUACUAAGGCUGAUAGGGCAUCUGUGGUGGGAGAUGCAAUAGACUACAUCAAAGAGCUUCUGAGGACGGUGAAUGAGCUGAAGUUGCUGGUGGAGAAAAAGAGAUGUGGGAGAGAGAGGGGGAAGAGGCAAAAGACCGAAGGAGAAGACACGGCAGGGGACGUGGAGAACUACAACACGAAGCAUGUUGGUGACCCUCAUGAUGGCCAAUCCUACAAUGGAUCCUUGAGGAGCUCAUGGCUCCAGAGGAAAUCUAAAGACACCGAGGUCGAUGUUCGUAUCAUCGACGACGAGGUGACCAUCAAGCUCGUUCAGCGGAAGAACAAUUGCUUGCUGUUUGUAUCCAAAGCCCUCGACGAGCUUCAGCUGGAUCUCCAUCAUGUCGCCGGCGGCCAAUGUGGCGAUUUCUACAGCUUCUUGUUCAACACCAAGAUAUAUGAAGGGUCUUCUGUGUACGCGAGUUCCAUAGCAAACAAGCUCAUUGAGGUUGUGGACAGACAAUGUUGUGCAGCCAUGAAUAUUAAUCAACCAACCAGCAGCUAUUAAUUAUCAUAUUCUAUUAGAUAAUAAAUAAAGUUGGUGGGGGAUCAGGACAUAUAUACAAGACUACUAUAUAAUUAAUAUACAUUAUAAUAUGCUUUUAAGUUUACUAUUC